CUGUCAAGUCGGCGCGGGUCGCGAGCUUCUGCGUCUGUGUGGAACCGGUGGAGCAGCCGCUGCCUCUCUGGUCUCUUUCCCUGAACCAGGAUCUUGUGCCGAAAGACAUUUCCAAAGUGCCUCGUGUCUGCCUACAACUCUGACCUACCCAGCCUGGGAAGCUGUAGAGGUGACCUGAACCAGUUUAGUAUCUUCUUUGAUCUGUGACUUACAGUGACCUUGCUGUCCAUGGCACACCGGCUGCAGAUGCGUCUUCUGACAUGGGAUAUAAAGGAUACCCUGAUCAAGCUCCGCCGUUCUGUUGGGGAGGAAUAUGCCAGCAAGGCCCGAGCCCAUGGGCUGGUGGUAGAAGCCACAGCCCUGGAACAAGCCUUUGGGCAGGCAUACCGAGCUCAGAGCCACAACUUUCCCAACUAUGGCCAGAACUGCGGCCUUACCUCCCGUCAAUGGUGGAAAGACUUGGUCCUCCACACCUUCCAUCUGGCAGGGGUCCCAGAUGCCCAGGCCAUUAUUCCCAUUGCUGAUCAUCUCUAUGAGGACUUCAGCAGCCCCUCCACCUGGCAGGUGUUGGAGGGGGCGGAGACCACCCUGAAGGAGUGCCGCAGGCGGGGUCUGAGGCUGGCUGUGAUCUCCAAUUUUGACCGACGACUAGAGGACAUCCUAGUAGGCCUUGGCCUGCGAGAACAUUUUGAGUUUGUUUUGACUUCUGAGGCUAUGGGCUGUCCUAAACCAGACCCACGAAUUUUCCACGAGGCCUUGCAACUUGCUCAUGUAGAACCUGCGGUGGCGGCUCAUAUUGGGGAUAGUUACCCCUGUGAUUACCAGGGGGCUCGAGCUGUGGGCAUGCACAGCUUCCUGGUGGUAGGUCCAGAGCCUUUGCACUCCUCAGUCAGAGAUUCUGUACCUAAAGAGCAUAUUCUGCUCUCUCUGUCCCAUCUCCUGCCUGCCCUGGACCUUCUGGAGGCCACAAGUCUGAUGAGGGAAGGAGGUGGGACCAAAUAAACACUGGAAGCAAGGAGCUCCUUCUUUCUCCCCCCUCCUGCCUUCCCUCCGCAACCUCGAUAAACUGUUCUGAUCCUAGA